AUACGUGUGAUUUUGUAGGUCUUAGACUGAAAUGGAAUUUUUAUCAGCAAUCCUUGGUCCCGUUGUUGAAUCAUUAUUGGUGCCUGUCAAGAGACACCUGGGAUAUCUCCUUUUCUCCACAAAACAUGUUCGGAAAAUGAGUACCAGGAUGAAGAAACUGCAUGAUACACGGGUUGGUGUCAAAGGGCAUAUGGAAACAAACAGCAGAUGCAACUUGGAGAUACCGACUGGUGUACUAGAUUGGUUGGAAGCAGUCGAAAAGACUGAGGAAGAUGCUGAAAGAAUUUCUAGCAACGUCCAUGGGUGUUUUAAUUUGAAAAAGAGGUACCGAACAGGAAGGAAGGCGUUCAAGAUUGCCGGGGAAAUUGAAGGUCUUAUUAUAGAUAAUACUCAGACAAGCUGGAGUGAUGCUCCCAAACCUCUUGGAAAAGUGAGCUCCAAAAAGGCAUCCACUUCUGCACCGUCAGAUGGUGAUGAUGCUCACAAUUUCUUCAAUUCAAGAGACAAGAUUUUUAAGGAGGCGCUCGGUUUCCUUCAACAAGAUCACAAGGCCCAAGUGGUAGCCCUGUGCGGAAUGGGUGGCGUGGGGAAGACCACAAUGAUGGAACAACUGAAAAAGGCUGUGGAAGAUAAGGAAAUGUUUGAUUGGGUUGUGAAGGUGGUUAUCGGGGAAAAGAUGAACACAUUAAAAAUUCAGCAAACCGUGGCAGAAUACUUACGGCAUCCUUUAACGGAAACAAGUGAAGGCGCAAGGGCAGAACUUCUUCGCAUAGCAUUUGAGAAGAUUUCAAAAGAAAGAAAAGAGAAGGUUCUAGUAAUAUUGGAUGAUGUUUGGGAGAAGGUUGAGCUUAAAGACAUUGGACUAUGUCCUUUGCCAAACAGCUCCAAGUUGUUGCUAACAUCAAGAAAUGAAAACGUUUGUACACAAAUUGUUGCAGAAGAUGAUUUAGAUCUUAGAGUUGUUAGAGUAGAUGUGAUGGAGGAGUUAGAAGCGAAUAAUUUCUUUUUUCAUAUUUCAAAAGUUUCAGACCCGGACCUCAAAGAAAUGGGAGUUAAAAUCGUGAAAAGAUGUGGUUUCUUACCCUUAGCCAUCAAACUCAUUGCAACAAACCUUAGAUCUAAAGAAAAGUGGGCAUGGAGGAAUACACUUCACCGUUUGAAGAAAAAUGAACUCGAUAAGAAUGUGCAAAAAAUUGUUGAGAUAAGUUAUAACUUUUUAGCUGAUGAAGAUGCUAAAGCAGUUUUUCUGCUUUGUGGUUUGUUUCCGGAUGACUUCAAUAUUCCAAUCGAGGAUCUGACAAGAUACGCAUGGGGGCUUCAGUUGUUAAAUAAAGUUCCUACUCUGGGGGACGCCAGAGACCGGACAAAAACAUGUGUACUUGAUCUCAAAAAUGCAAAUUUAUUGCUCAGUAGCGAUCAUUCCGAGUGUGUCAAAAUGCACGAUCUUGUGCUUGCUUUUGUGGUUGCUAAAGUUUCUGAAGGCAAUCAUCCAUGGAUCAUUAACCACAGUGAUGUUUCAAAUUGGAGUAGAGCUGAAAUGAGCAAGUCUUGCAGAAGGAUUUCUUUGACAUGUAUGGGCAUGUCUGAGUUCCCAAGAGACUUUAAAUACCCAAAAGUAUCCCUAUUGAGACUUAUGAAUGGCGAUGAAUCUCUUAAGUUUCCUGAUGAUUUUUAUGAGAAAAUGGAAAAUCUUCAAGUUAUGGCAUUUGAGAAGUUGUAUUAUCCUCUGCUUCCCACAUCGCUUCAAUGCUCUACCACACUUCGAACACUCUGUCUACAUCAAUGCUCAUUGAUGUUUGAUUGCUCUCCUAUUGGUGAUCAUCUUUUGAACUUGGAAGUGCUCAGCUUUGCUCAUUCUGGCAUCGAAUAUUUACCAUCUGCAAUCGGGAAGCUAGUGAAGCUAAAGCUACUUGAUUUGACAGGCUGUAUGGAUCUACGGAUCGAUGAAGGGGUCUUGGAAAACCUGGUCAAGCUUGAAGAGCUAUAUAUAGAGGUUGCUAAUGGAAAGGUUGUAAGAUUCACAGAUAUAAACUACAAAGAAUUGGCAGAACGUUCCAAGAAUCUUUCUGCAUUUGACUUUGAAUUCGUUGAGAACAAUCCUGAGUCAAAGAAUAUGUCAUAUAAUAAGCUUGAAAGAUUCCGUAUAUCUAUGGGACGUUACUUAGAAAAUGGUAGCCCCGAUAAUGUGCGAAAUUCCGAGAACACGCUGAUGUUAAAAGUCGCUAACAAAGAUGAAUUGUUGGAAUCUGGAAUGAAUGAGUUGUUUCCGAAAACAGAAGUGCUUUACUUGGAAGCUGGCAGUGGCAUGAAAAACCUUGAAGAAGUUUUACCGAAAUCUGUACCUCGACACAGCUUGUUUUAUAAUUUAAGAGUCCUUCGUAUUACCAAGUGUGUCGACUUGAGAUACCUCUUUACAGUCCCAGUAGCAAGGGGCCUGCUGAAGCUUGAGCGUCUCACAAUUUCAGAAUGCCCUGUUAUGGAAGCACUAGUAUACAGCGAAGAAGAACAAGGGGUCGAUGACAUUAGGUUUCAGGGGCUGAAGUAUCUAAGUUUGCUUAAUCUACCAAAGUUGGAAGGUUUGUCGUCCGACACUAACAAUAUUGUAAUCCAUCUACCGCAACUAGUGACGUUGAUUCUCAUAGGCCUUCCAAACUUCACAAGCAUUUAUCCGGCGGGAGAGUAUAAAUCAUCGAUUAUGUCCAGUGGCAGUUCUACUAUUGAUGAUAAACCUUUCUUCAAUAAACAGGCUAUGAUCCCUCCUAGGUUGGAGAUAUUGGAAAUUAGCAGGAUGGAGGCAUUGAAGAAUAUAUGGCCGGAAGUAGUUGAUGAUGCCACCUGCUGCUGCUCAUUGCGAUAUAUCUCAGUGGAAAAGUGUGCCGACUUGAGAUACCUGUUUACAGUCCCAGCAGCAAGGGGCCUGCUGAAGCUUGAACGUCUCACAAUUGAGGAAUGCCCUGUUAUGGAAGCACUGGUAUACAGCGAAGAAGAACAAGGGGUCGAUGACAUUAGGUUUCAGGGGCUGAAGUAUCUACGUUUGCUUAAUCUACCAAAGUUGGAAGGUUUGUCGUCCAACACUAACAAUAUUGUAAUCCAUCUACCGCAACUAGUGUCGUUGCAUCUUCAGGGCCUUCCAAACUUGACAAGCAUUUAUCCGGCGGGAGAGUAUAAAUCAUCGAUUAUGUCCAGUGGCAGUUCUACUAUUGAUGAUAAACCUUUCUUCAAUAAACAGGCUAUGAUCCCUCCUAGGUUGGAGGAAUUGAGGAUUUAUCGGAUGGAGGCAUUGAAGAAUAUAUGGCCGGAAGUAGUUGAUGAUGCCACCUGCUUCUGCUCAUUGCGACAGAUUGUAGUGAUAUACUGUGAUAAUCUUGUGAAUGUGUUUCCGAGGAAUCCGAUGCCAUUGUUGCCUCAUCUUGAAACAAUCGAUGUUACUCAUUGUGGUUCCAUUCAAGCGUUAUUCGACAUUGAUGUUGGUGAAGAAGGCGGCGGUAUUAGUAAAUUGAGAUCCAUUAGCGUAUAUAACUCAAAGAGGCUUACAGAGGUGUGGAGGUUGAAAAGAGGAGGAGCUGCCGUACAUAUUAACCACCCUAAUGAUGAUGAUGUCAUCAUUUGUGGCUGCUUUCAAGCUGUUGAAAAGAUAUUCAUAUAUGACUGUAAGAGCUUUAGGAAUAUAUUUACACCAACCACCGCUAGGUUUGACCUGGGAGCACUAAACAACUAUUCUAUAGAUGGCAGAAACCAAGAGGUACCCAAAUAA